GAUUAUUUUUACGAGUGUUACAAUGGAAGUAACGUGGAAUAAAGUAGAAUCGGAUAACUGUCCAAGUCCACGAGAAGGUCAAUGUUCGUGUGUAACUGAAGAUUCCAUGUACGUUUUCGGAGGUGUUGCACAUACAGAGUCGCAUGCAGAUGAACUCAUGGAAACAAACGAACUGAUCAAGUUUUCCUUUGCAAAAAAUAAAUGGGAGAAGGUCGUUUUUAAUGGAGAACCCCCUGCAGCCCGUACUGGUGGCAGUCUGGUAGCUGUGGACAACUGUUUGUACCUGUUUGGUGGACUGAGUCAUUCUACUGGGUGGUUUAAUGAUCUUUUCAAGUUUGAUAUAAGUACUAACACUUGGUCACCUGUUGAUGCAGAGGGAACAUUCCCAAGUCCCCGUGACAAGUUGCAGGGUGUAGCUGUGGGUCAGUGGAUUUACUACUUCGGAGGGUUCGGUCCUAAAGCUGGAGACUUGGACGACGAGGAUGAUGAAGAGUGGGAAGAGGAAGAAAGUGAUGAACUGCCGACAGAUCAGUCAGGAGCAGAUUUUGGCUGGUUCAACGAUCUUCAUAUCUUUGACACAGUUAGUAAGAAGUGGACACACCCAAUGCAGAUGAAUCUUGGUGUGCCCACUGCCCGAGCUGCACAUGUGAUGUGUGCUGUAGACAAACAGAUUGUCAUAUUUGGAGGAAGGGAUAUAGAGGCUCGACAAAAUGAUAUACACAUUUUUAAUACAGAAACAAGAAAGUGGGACACAGAAAUGAAAACAAAAGGACAAAAGCCAGAACCAAGGUCAUUUCAUGCUGCUGUCUCCGUUGGAAGUAAACUGGUUGUCAUUGGGGGAAGAGGGACAGAGAACCAACAUUUUGCUGAUGUCCAUGUUUUUGAUUGUGAAUCCAAAACUUGGACCCAGGUGAAACAGAAUGGGACAGUUCCUGAGGGGAGAAGCCAGCAAUCCCUGGGGGUAAUUGGGGACAAAGUGAUAAUGUAUGGAGGAACAGCUGAUUUCUGUCCAGAGAUCAAUGCAUGUCAGAGAUUCUUCACAGACACCUAUACAUUUAAUACAGGUGAUAUAACCAAAACACAGUUACAAAAUGGAAACCAUUCAUAGCAACAUAUUUUGAUCUUUGUUUAUAUGAAUUAAGUAUAAAAUUAAAACAAAGUUUAAUGUA